CCGCUGACAGACGUGAGGGUCGUUAUCCAACAAGAUGCCAACCAGCACGCCCAGUACGAGAAUCCUGCACGCAGCCUGCAGACCUGAGAAAAUAGGGAAGGGGUCAAAAAAUGUGGCUGCUCUUCAAGAUAAAAUUCCUGACUAUGACCCAAACGUCCCAGAACCAACAUGCCGAGCCGAGCUCCUUAAAUUCUGGAUCAAACUUUCGCUGGAUGAUAAAACAGCCAAUAAGAUGCUGUGGAUAACAGACGGCGGCUCCAAAGUGUUCCGAAUGACUGAUGAUGUCACUUGUCCGGUACUGGACAGGCCGGAGCGAUAUGAAUAUACACCGCAGGUUCUUUGCAAAGAAGGAAUCUUGGGCUUCCGAGCUUACUGGGAGAUCAAGUAUUCCGGUUGGGUGGUGGCCGGGGUCACCUACGAAGGUGCCGGGCGGAGGGGACGGGACGGACCCUGCGGUCUGGGCGAGAAUGAACAGUCCUGGGGGCUGGGCUGGGGGGGAUCCCACUACCAGGUGUGGUUCGACGGCAUCGACAACCAAAUCUGGGACGUCCCCCAGUACAGCACCAUCGGCGUGUACCUGGACCAGCCGGCGGGGGCGGUCAACUUUUACGCCGUUGAGGAGGCCGAGGGCAAGCGGGAGGUGAGACUCCUACAGCGGUUUAAAAGCUCCUUCAAGGGGAGGAUGAUGCCUGGGUUCUGGGUUGGACAAAAGUCCUCAUGCACUCUCACUUUGAAGGAAUGACCUUCGACCUUGUAUGUGGCCAUUUGCAUUCACCAAGAAGCUGCUGUUUGUGUAAGCACAUUUAAUAUAUAUUUAAAUAUCUUUUUAUAUAUUUUUCCAGCAUUUCAAGAUGAAUGCAUAUCUAAUGAAUUCAAAUAGAUUCCAGAUUAGUGUCGGUUGUAUUUACAUAUUCCUAUUGAUCAAUAAGCUAUUUGUGUAAAACAUUUGUUGUGGUUUAGAUUA